ACAGUAUACACCGAGCAGGAUUUAACAAAACAAUUCACGACCUCCUUCGCUUCCGGGCUCAUAGCCAACUCUGGAUUAAGGUUAGUUGUCCAUCUACUUCUCGUUCAGACGAAUCCAUAUGCCCCGCCUCAAUUCAGAUCUUAUCCAGAUGAAGGAAAGGAGAUCUUGGCGAUUUGGGGUAACAGAUAUGGAUUGGAGAUUUUCUUCUCGCGCGAGUGUCUGAGACGCAUUACAUCUCACCGCACGGAAGAGCAGCCUCAAACAAUGAAACAUAGCCACGAGCUAGCAUGCAUGUCAAAGGAUAUUCCACUCCCCACAAAAGAAUUCCACAAGAUUAGGGGAACUAGAUUGUAA